UUAAAUAUAUAGAUUAGCGCGGCCGAACGCGCACUUUGACGACUCGCCCAAAUUUUCAUGGGAGUGGACCUGCCCUCUGCCCUGAGUUCAACCAAUUGUCGACGCUCUUUCCGGGCUAGGCUUUGGCGAGCAUGAACUAGCUGGCAGCGCCUUUUGUUUGUUAGAAGCGGACCAAGCGGCAUGCCUCACUGUUCGACAGCGGUUAGCGCUAAAAGCUGCCAUUCAAGCUGUGGCGGCUGGCCUCGGCGUGGGGAGCGCGGCUGGAGCUGGCAAUGAUGAGCAGCGUUCUGCUGCGCAGCUGCUCCGCUCGCCACUGCCUGACAGCGACGUGCAUCCUGUGACGUGGAAGGCAGCCCACACCAGCGGCCAGAUAUACGAGAUGAAGGCAGACGACGUGCAGCACUGGGAGUACGUUCAGCCGGAGCAGGAGGCAGCCGGCAGCGGUGAGGGCGGUGCCUGCAGUGGCAAUGCUGGCAAUGGUCAGCAGCUGCUGGUUGAUGCCAUCCGUGACCACCAGGACCAGGCGGACGAGCUGUACGGCCGGGACUUGCGGCUCCUUCGACCUCAAUGUGUCGGGAGCAUUGACUCCGAGGCGGACGCGGCCACUGCAAUGGCAUCUGCCGUGACUGGGGCUCGUGCUCUUGGCGUGCUCGCAAAUGCCUUUCUGCGGCUGAACCGAGUUGCUACGGGCAUACGUGCAAUCUGGCGCCAGCAGCCGCCAUCAGCCAUCAUCCAGGGCAGCAUGAUCACUGGCGGUCCAGCAAGGCCUGUGUACGGCCAACAGGCACCCGCCGCUGGCCCCGCAGCCGCCGCCGCCGCUGGCCCCGCAGCCGCCGCCGCCGCUGGCCCCGCAGCCGCCGCCGCCGCUGGCCCCGCAGCCGCCGCCGCCGCUGGCUCUGCAGCCGCCGGCGCUGGCUCUGCAGCCGCCGCCGCCGCUGGCCCCGCCGCCGCCGCUGGCUCUGCAGCCGCCGCCGCCGCUGGCUCUGCAGCUGCGGUGGCGUCGGCGGUGGUGGCACCUUCCUCAAGCGCCGUGGACUACCGGUACAAACAGGAUCUACUUAUGACCAUAGGACACGUAUACGACGUGAACAGCAGUAGCAGCGGCUGCGGCAUCAGCGCCGACGUUGGCGAUGUAGUAACACCGCAAAUGGUCGAACCGGCGGCAAGCGCAGGCGGCUCGGGCUGGCAGGGUCACGCCACAGGAAGCCAAGAUCAGCAGCAGCAACAGCAGCUCCUGGAGGCAACACUGGUACCGCCACCAUGCGCCCCACCACAACCACGGCCAAUGACAGCAGGCGUGCCCGACGUGCAGCAGCAACAGCAGGUGGCCGGCGAUUGCCAGGGCGGUGGCGGCUCCGCAGUCGGUGGCAGCGCCUGCUUUCAGCAGCUGGAGGCGACUGCGCAGGUCGAGGCGGGUCCUGCCGCCAAGCGCCGCCGCGUGCAGCCCAAGUGUGUGUGUGCUGGCGAGCUGGAGAUUAUUAGCAAGCUCAUGGUCGGCAAGGGGCAGCCGCUGGACCUGCGUGAAGCAUGGCGUGACGACAGCCAUCCCCGGCACGCGAUCGCUGUCGCGGUGUUGAGCCAGAUUCUUACCUACAUGAUUGCCCGCGGCAUCUGCUACGGCUUCAUCUCUUGCUGGCUCGCCACGUGGCUGGUGUACUGCCCGCCGGCGGGUGCUGCCGGCUGCCGGCGCCGCCUGCUGUACGUGUCCGACCCCUUCCUGUCCACCACCUCCGCCGCGCCGGCCCCAGGUGAUGCCGGUGGGCGCAGCAGGGCGGCGACGGUGUACGGCGCCCUGGCGUUCCUGCAGUGGCGGGCGCUGCGCCGCGCGGUAUGUCUGCAAGAGCCGCUGCAGCACAUGGGCAUGGACACGUCUCCAACUGGCAUGGGCCCGGCUACGGAUGGCGGCGGUGGUGCUGGCGGCGUUGGUGCUGGCGGCGGUGGUAACGACAGCAGUGCCGAAGAGCCGGAUGCGGGAGCGCGUACUGGCUCUGACGAGCAGUACACUCCGACCCAGAGCGAGUUGGAACAGGCGUCAGACAGCUAUCACCAGCUGCAGGGCAGCCUGCAGCAACUUGGGAGGCAGGGCACUGCGGCUGCAGAGCCGGCCGGGGCCGUGGUGGCGGCACAGCAGCGGCAGCCGCAGCAGAUGCCGACGGCGGCGCCGGGCACGGUGGCAGACGCAGCCGCCGCUCCUGCGGCAACAGCAGCAGCAGCAGCCGCUGCUACUGCUGGUGCUGCCAAUCUGCCGCGGCCGUCGCGCGUGCUCCUGCGCUUCAGCGAAACGCUCGCAGCCGGCAGUGAGGGCUUGGUGAUGGCCGGCACGUGCGAUGGCGUGGACUGCGUCAUCAAGCUGCUGGGGCCGGACCGCUCCGGGCUGGCGGCGUACGAGCGGGAGGUGGCCGCCUACACCGCGCUGCAGCGUCUGCAGGGGCGGCACGUGCCGGAGCUGCAGGCCUGGGGCGACCUGGAGUAUGGAGUCCGCUUCCUGGCGCUGCGGCGGGUGGCGGGCGCGCAGCCGCUGUCGAGCCUGCAGCGCCCCUUACCGGCGGCGGUAAAGGGCGCGGCGCUGCAGGCGCUGGCGGUGGUGCAGGCCGCCUGCCCGGGCUUCGUUCACGGCGACGUGCGGCUCGAAAACGUGGUGGUGCUGGAGGCGGCGGCGUCAGGCGGGUUGCGCGGGGAGCAGCAGCUGCCGGCAGGGCUGGCUGGGCCGUCGACGUCGCAACCUGCAGGUGCCUCUGCUGGCGCCCGCGACGAGGCCAGGGGCGGCGUUGCGGCCGGGGCCGCCAGCAGCGGGUCGCUGCUGCUGCCACGCUGUGUGCUGCUGGACUUUGGUCGCUCGCGGCUGGACGGGGACGCUGCGCAGCAGCGGCUGGAACGGGAGGAGCUGCGACAACUGCUGCGGUAGCGCAACCGGCAGUGGAAGCAGGCGCAUUAGCAGCAGCAGUAGCAGCUGUAGCAGCAGCAUUAGUAGCAGUAGCAGUACCAGCAGUAGCAGUAGCAGUAGCGGUAGCGCUAGCAAUGUCCAGUCGAUCAUGAUGAAUGCCGUGACGUGACAUGGCGACGGCGCCGCGACCGCUGCACGGCGGCGGAUUUGGAACUGGUGCGGGCGGAGUUUGGAAACGCCGAGGGCGGCGCCAUCGUGUGUACGGUAUGGACUCCAGUGCGUGGUGCCGGUCUUUGCGCGGCGUAGUGGCUACAGACUGGCAGCGGUCCAAGGGCGUCAGCGGCGCGGCCCUCAGCAGCCAGCAUCCGCUGGUGAAGCAGGUUUAGAGACAGCUGUAGUAGUGGGCCAGAGCAAGUGGCGCCGCGUGCGCAACCACGUACAGAUAGACCGGCUUGAUAGGACAGCUGGCUGGGGGUGUGGAGUAUGUGGAGCUGCAGCCGUCGCUGCGUGGCACUGUGGCAGUGCACGCAGGGCGCGCGCUGGCUGGUGCUGGGGUUCUUCGGUAUGCUGCGGCGCAGCAAGCUGGCGGCCCUGCGGUUGGGAGGAGUGCGUGCGUGAUGCGGGGCGGCGUGUACAGGCCCGUGGCGGUGCUGUUGCGGUCCAGCAAGUAAGAUUGACCAGCGGGGCGUUGGGACGGGACGGCUGCACAUCACGCCACAACCACGCGAAGCCGGGUGCUCAUCGAUCACCGGUCAUGCACGAGCUGGGCAUACGCAGCACAGCCGUGGGGGUGGGGGCCCGGAGGGGGGUUAGUUCAUUCCAGAAACCAAAGCGACCAUUGGGGGAGCCAAGCGACCCGCAGUUUGCGCGGAUGGUGGGACGGAUGAAGGGCACCACUACCCCCGCAUGCACGUGGAUCACGAUGAGCGACCCUGAGACCCUGCGCCGGAGUGGUGCCACUGCUGCUGCUAACGCUCCAGCCUCCUCAUUGAUAUUGGUAUGUAACCAUGACCUGAC